AUGGUACGAGAAGAAGACGCAAAGGCGAAUUUGCCCAAGGAGUGUCAAGAAAUAGCAUCCCAAAAUCAAAACUCAGCAAUAAUUGAUGAAGGUUACUGGAAUCAAGAGAAAUCAUCUCCUACUCCUAAUCGGAGACAAACCAGCAUCCAUAAAUCUGUACUUAAAUCGAAAGGUUCAAUCAAUGAAGUUAAUCAAAUUGCACAGGAAAUGGCUCCUGCAAAGCAAAUGAAAGUGAUGCAAGAGUUCCAGAAGCAAUCUGCACAAAUGGAUAUGACUGCAACAACAAAGAUUUUGGCACGCCAAUUGGUGAGGCUUAGACAACAAAUAGCCAACCUACAAAGUAGUCGAGCUCAAAUGAGGGGCAUAUCAACACAUACACAGGCAUUAGCUGCACACUCUUCUGUGGCUGUUGGGAUGAAAGGUGCUACCAAGGCAAUGGCAGCAAUGAAUAAGUAUUGA